AGGCUGUCCUCAUAAAGCCUCUGCUGCAUCUUGGCUCGUGGCGCUGCAGCAUCCCUGCAACACGGACCUCACCAUGCUCUCCACCUGCCCUUGGUGGCAGGCCUGCACACUCCCCCGGAUGGAGGCCCGUGGCUGCCCUUCUGCCCCCACUGAACCCCAACGCGGGCCGAGCAGGGAAGAGGGGAGCAAGGGCCACUAUCGGUAUCACUGGCAGAGCCACAAUGUCAAGCACAGCGGCGUGGAUGAUAUGGUCCUCCUCUCCAAGAUCUCAGAAGACUCCAUUGUGGAGAACCUCAAGAAGCGAUACCUGGAUGACUUUAUUUUUACAUACAUUGGAUCCGUCCUCAUCUCCGUCAAUCCAUUCAAGCAGAUGCCAUACUUUGGAGAGAGAGAAAUUGAAAUGUACCAGGGAGCCGCGCAGUAUGAAAAUCCACCCCACAUCUACGCUCUGGCAGACCACAUGUAUCGAAAUAUGAUAAUUGACCGAGAGAACCAGUGUGUGAUCAUCAGUGGAGAAAGUGGUGCUGGGAAGACUGUGGGAGCCAAGUACAUCAUGAGCUACAUCUCCAAGAUAUCCGGAGGCGGCCCCAAAGUGCAGCAUGUGAAGGAUAUCAUUCUGCAGUCCAACCCUCUUCUGGAGGCCUUUGGGAAUGCCAAGACAGUUCGCAACAACAACUCCAGCAGAUUUGGGAAAUACUUUGAAAUCCAGUUUAGUCCAGGUGGGGAGCCAGACGGAGGCAAGAUCUCCAACUUCCUGCUGGAGAAAUCCCGAGUGGUCAUGAGGAAUCCCGGGGAGAGGAGCUUCCACAUUUUUUACCAGCUGAUUGAAGGCGCUUCCAAUGAGCAAAAGACAAGCCUGGGCAUCACCAACAUGGACUACUAUCACUACUUGAGCCUCUCAGGAUCCUACCAAGUGGAAGACAUCAGUGACAAAUCUGAUUUCCAGGAAACUCUGCACGCCAUGAAGGUCAUCGGCAUCUCUGCCCAGGAGCAGGCGCUGGUCAUCCAGAUUGUGGCCGGAGUGCUCCACCUCGGCAACCUCAGCUUCAAAGAGGUCGGCAACUAUGCCGCAGUGGAGAGUGAAGAGUUUUUGGCCUUCCCAGCAUUCCUCCUGGGAAUUGACCAGGGCCGGCUUAAGGAGAAACUGACCAGCAGGCAGAUGGACAGCAAGUGGGGUGGCCAAUCAGAAUCCAUCCACGUGACCCUCAACGUAGAGCAAGCGUGUUACACCAGGGACGCCUUGGCCAAAGCGCUUCAUGCUAGGGUCUUCGACUACUUGGUGGACUCCAUCAACAAGGCGAUGGAAAAAGAUAAUCAGGAGUAUAAUAUUGGUGUCCUGGACAUCUACGGCUUUGAAAUAUUUCAGAAAAAUGGUUUUGAGCAGUUCUGCAUCAAUUUUGUCAACGAAAAACUGCAGCAGAUUUUUAUCGAGCUCACCCUGAAGGCAGAGCAGGAGGAAUACGUUCAGGAAGGAAUACGUUGGACUCCCAUAGAUUACUUCAACAACAAAGUAGUUUGUGACCUCAUAGAGAACAAAGUGAAUCCACCUGGCAUCAUGAGCAUCCUGGACGACGUCUGUGCCACGAUGCACGCGGUGGGUGAAGGAGCAGACCAAACUUUGCUGCAGAAGCUGCAGAUGCAGAUUGGGACUCACGAGCAUUUCAACAGCUGGAAUCAGGGCUUCAUCAUUCACCACUAUGCGGGAAAGGUUUCUUACGACAUGGACGGAUUCUGUGAGAGGAACCGAGACGUUCUCUUCAUGGACUUGAUUGAGCUCAUGCAAAGCAGCGAAUUGUACGUAAGACCUUUUAUAAAGGCUCUGUUUCCAGAGAAUCCCCAAGCCGAAAAGAAAGGCCGACCCACCACUGCCGGCAGCAAAAUCAAGAAACAGGCCAAUGACCUGGUGGGCACCCUGAUGAAAUGCACCCCCCAUUACAUCCGCUGCAUCAAGCCCAACGAAACCAAAAAGCCUCACGACUGGGAGGAGAGCAGGGUGAAGCACCAGGUGGAGUACCUCGGCCUCAGGGAAAACAUCCGAGUUCGCCGAGCAGGUUAUGCCUACAGACGCGCCUUCCAAAAAUUUCUGCAGAGGUAUGCCAUCCUGACCCCCGAGACCUGGCCUCUCUGGAAGGGGGAUGAAAGGCAGGGAGUUCUGCACCUUCUCCGGUCUGUCAACAUGGAUCCUGACCAAUACCAGCUUGGCAGAACGAAGAUCUUCAUCAAAGCACCAGAGUCCUUGUUUCUGCUGGAGGAAAUGAGGGAGCGGAAGUACGAUGGCCACGCGAGGGCCAUCCAGAAGGCCUGGAGGAAACACAUUGCCAGGAAGAAAUACGUACAAAUGAGAGAAGAAGCCUCCGACCUGCUGCUGAACAAGAAGGAGAGAAGGCGGAACAGCAUCAACAGGAACUUUGUGGGCGACUACAUUGGCAUGGACGACCAUCCGGAGCUACGCCAAUUCGUGGGCAAGCGGGAAAAGAUUGAUUUUGCCGACACUGUCACCAAGUACGACCGGCGGUUUAAGGGCAUCAAGCGAGACCUCAUCCUCUCCCCCAAGUGCCUGUAUCUGAUUGGGCGUGAAAAGGUGAAGCAGGGAGCAGAGAAAGGCCUCGUGAAGGAGGUUCUCAAGCGCCGGAUCGAAGUGGAGCGGAUCCUCUCGGUGUCACUGAGCACCCUGCAGGACGACCUGUUUGUCCUACACGAGCAAGAGUACGACAGCCUCCUGGAGUCCGUCUUCAAGACCGAGUUUUUGAGCCUCUUGUCAAAGCGCUACGAGGAGAAAACGCAGAGGCGGCUCCCCCUGAAGUUCAGCAACACACUGGAGGUGAAGCUGAAGAAGGAGACCUGGGGGCCAUGGAAGGCUGGUGGCUCUCGCCAAGUGCAGUUCAGCCAAGGUCAGGGAGACGUGGCCAUUCUCCGGCCAAGCAAUAAAGUGCUGCAGGUCAGCAUCGGGCCUGGACUCCCAAAGAACGCCCGACCCACCAAAAGGGACGUGAGCCAGCCCAGAGGGCUUCCAAUCAAAACACGUGGCCAGAACUAUCCAAUGAGGGCAGCUCCUCCACCCCCCGGGAAGGUCUCCGAAGAUCUACCGAAUGGGGUGAUCAAGCUCCAGCAGCAGCCCCUGCAUCCUUCGGGGCCAGCAGGCCAACGGGCUAGUCAGAAGAGCCUGUACACCUCAAUGGCGCGCCCACCACUGCCGCGAGUCUUGGGGGGACCAGGAAAGGUAUCCCAACAACCCAGCAGCUUGGAUUUCCUCAAAGUGCCCGAGCAAGGGGCCGCCGGUGCUUGCAGGCAGACGACAAGCCGUCCCCCACCUGCCGGGGGCAGACCCAAGCCCCGGCCCCAGCCCCAGCCCAAGCCACAGGUACCCCAGUGCAGGGCACUGUACGCCUACGAUGCCCAAGACACCGAUGAGCUCAGCUUCAACGCCAACGACAUCAUCGACCUCCUCCGAGAAGACCCCUCAGGCUGGUGGACAGGGCGAUUAAGAGGGAAACAAGGACUUUUUCCGAAUAAUUAUGUGAGCAAGAUGUAACUCUGACCCUAAGAAACCCCUGAUCGGCUCCAGGCUCCCUGAGAAGAUGCUUUCCAACCCCUUGAGUGAGCCGCUCUAGGCAAACCCUGUAAGAGGCGUCUUCGGUUCCGCCAUGAGGUUAAAAAGAGGAUAAGUCUGUUUUAUGAGAAGCCAAAGCCCUCAAAGCCAAGGAUUUAUUUAUUUUAUUUAACUCUUUUCUUGUGAAGAGGAAUGUGUUCAAAUUACAUUCCAUUAUUUUUUAAAAAACCCAGUUCUGGAAAUCAUCAGGUGCUCUGUGACGGAUUUAGAAUUACAACGGAGGGUGGGUUUUUUUCUUUCAUUUUUCAAGUGCCUUUAGUUGCUCUGCUGUUUCUUCCAGAUUAUCUAACAAAGCAAUGAAACUCUAUGCACAUUUCCUCAUGGGCAGCUUUACAGGGGAAACAGAUUCUGCUGCUAGUUCUCUGUGGAACCUCUCUUUCCCCAAGAGUCCAGGUCUCUCUGUAUACAUCUACACACUCCCCCCACCCCCACCCCCCACGGUCUUGUCUAGGUAUGCUCGUGACUCCAGAAAGGCAGCAGGACCAAAGGAAAACAGUAUUCUAUGCUGCAAAUACUUCACCGUGCUCAGUUAAUGUGGCUGGCCCACACUGACUCUUGUUAUUACUGUAUCUGUGCAUUAUACACACACCCCUUUUGUCUCCGAGGAAGCUGUAAACUCUUUGUCAGUGGUUUCAUCUGGUGCACAUUUAAAAGAAAUAAGUCAGAGGCAAAGCUGCACCGAUGUGCACCAUAACUCAGUGGCUUGGGAUAUCAUUUGGAGCCCAGGUACUUCAUCAUAGGAACACGUCAUGAUGGUUAGCAAUAUGAGAAGUUUCCAAAGCUGGUCUGUGCUCCUGUUGGCCUUCUGCAUGUUGUUUUAAUUGCUCUCCUCCCAUCAAUAAAAACAGAGACUACAA